AUGGAGAUCACUGGACGGGAAGGACUAAUGGCGUGGAGAGUUUUUAUUCUUGUUAGUAUUUAUAUCUGCGUUUCAAUUUUCUAUAUUAAUAUUCUUAAAUUCUUACCAGAUUUAUUAAUUGUAUAUGGUGCUUGCAGGAGUUUCAAUAAAUUGAUUUUGUUUCCAUACAAAAAUUGGGAUAACAGAAGAUAUUUUGCAGCUAAUAACCUAAAGAGAAAGGUAUUACAAAAGGGAUAUCUUUGCAGGUUUACCAGACAAGCUCAAACUCAAAGCUCAAUAUUCCAUGGAGAUUUUUUAGUUCAUGAGCACAAGCCAAAGGUGGCUAUUAUGGAACUUCAAAAAACAAGCGAUGCGCUUCUGAGAAAAGUGAAGGUAUGUCAGAAAGAUAGGAACUCUCGAAUUCGGGUGAGUUGCAGCUUGUGGCACCCUAAAACUUCUGUGUAGGAGAAACUAUGUAUCACACUAAAACUUCUAUAAAUGUUUGAACAUGCUUCAUGUUUAAUCUUUGCAAUGUUAUCAAUCUGUCUCAUAAUGCUCCUCAGCUGAAGCUUUUCCAUAGGUAUCUUGC